AUUCUGUUUUAUUUUAUUCGGACGUCGCAAAAAAGCUGAGACGAACCAAUUUAACUGUUCGUUUUACCGUCCUCGUCCCUUGCCGUUUCGCAGAGCCCGUUUUAAAUCUCGGACGUGGGCCAAAGACGAUUAUGGAAAUACUUGUGUAGAACCUGCGGAGCCGGCAUCACACCACAUGGCAUGAACACUUGGCCGAACUCGGUACCGCUGAUUUCAUGUUGCUCCGGAGCCGGACGAAGGACGGCUGCCCGGGGGGCUGCCUGCCAUGCUGACCGCGCAGCGUCCGCAGACGCGUGAAUGGAGAAGAGCGGCUCGGGUUCGGUGAAGCUGCAGGAGGACCGCUUAUAAUAAUGGGGCUCAAACGCGGCGCGAACACACACGUCUCCGUAAGCCGACGUCAGCCCAAACACACAUCCAGAAUCUACUUCGCCUCCGUGUUGCUCCUGCUGCUGUUCACCCCGAUAGCGGACACGUCAUGGUGGUACAUCGGCGCGCUGGGCGCUCGGGUGAUCUGCGACAACAUCCCAGGUCUGGUGAACAAGCAGCGCCAGCUGUGCCAGCGGCACCCAGACCUGAUGCAGUCCAUUGGCGAGGGAGCCAAAGAGUGGAUCAAAGAAUGUCAGCACCAGUUCAGACACCACCGCUGGAACUGCAGCACGCUGGACCGGGACCACACCGUGUUUGGCAGGGUCACACUGCGAAGCAGCCGAGAGGCGGCUUUUGUGUACGCCAUCUCGUCGGCAGGAGUGGUCUAUGCCAUCACCAGGGCCUGCAGUCAAGGUGAGCUCAAGAUUUGCAGCUGUGACAGCCAAAAGCGUGGCUUUGACCGCGAUGACCACGGCAGCUUCGACUGGGGCGGGUGCAGCGACAACAUCAACUAUGGGAUAAGCUUUGCCAAGGCUUUCGUCGACGCCAGGGAGAAGAUGGUGAAAGAUGCUCGGGCCCUCAUGAACAUGCACAACAACCGCUGUGGGAGAAUGGCAGUAAAGCGCUUUAUGAAGCAGGAGUGCAAGUGUCACGGGAUGAGUGGCUCCUGCACUACAAGGACCUGCUGGCUGGCUAUGUCUGACUUCAGGCGGACUGGAGACUACCUGCGCAAGAAAUACAACACAGCCGUCGAGGUGACCAUGAACCAGGAUGGGACCGGCUUCAUGGUGGCUGACAGGAAUUUCAAGGGAACCAUGAAGAACGACCUAGUAUACGUCGAGAACUCACCAGACUACUGCCUGAUGGACCGCACGGCAGGUUCCCUGGGCACGGCAGGAAGGGUCUGCAACAAGUCCUCACGCGGCACAGACGGCUGUGAGGUCAUGUGCUGUGGGCGGGGCUAUGACACCAUGCGCAUCAAACGCGUCACCCAGUGUGAGUGCAAAUUUAAGUGGUGCUGCGCAGUGGAGUGCAAGGACUGUGAAGACGUGGUGGACGUUCACACCUGCAAACCACACAAGCGACCCGAUUGGCUGGACCUGACCUGAAAAAGGAGAACCUGGACUAAUCGCUCCCUCCCUUGAGUCAUCAAAUCUGCGAGUGACUGAUCGCGGUGCACCACUGGAUCCUGAGUCAAUCCUUUCAAUGACCCGGUACUGCAACUUCAUUACCUCCGGCUCUGACUUGGCUACUUUGUUGGACAUGUCCUUUAAAAAGACUGUGAGCAAAUCCCUGAGUUCGAAGUCUCAUUUGCCUUAGGAUGGACAGAGGCAAAAAAAGAAAGACAAGGCGAGACAGAGAUCUUUGAGAUCUUAAUAACAGACACUGACACUGUUUUUAUUAGUUUAAAAGAACAUCACAUCAUUGUGCAGUAUUGCUACACAGCAUUUUGUUUAUGGUACAAUGGCAAGUUGCUCCAAGCGAGUACAACUCUAAUAGACUACGAACAAACUAGCAAAUUGUAAGUGUUAAUUUGUAGAAAGCCUUACCUUUUGGGGU